CUUCCUUUGCGUUUUCGUCUGAUGACGUGACAGACUAUGUCCGGUGCCCCGCGGCUCAGCAUAAUCGAAUACGCCCAGUGGGUCAGUCGUUUUCAACGCUGCAAAACACCGCCUUGAGCAAUCUGAUUGGUCUCUGUUAGCACAUUGUAGUUUGUAAUUGGCUUUCUUAUAAACCAAUCCAAUCAUCACCUCGACACUGCGGUUUCGAUAUGUUCCCCAGCCGGUUUCCUUGGCUUGAACUGAAGACAUCUAGCGACAGUGGGCUAGCUGCAAGAAUUGAAGCUGGUGACAGUCAACAUUAAAAUAGCAUAUUUGUUUACGCAAGUCUUGUGGAUGCAAUUAAGUCAUUAUCCGGACUAUUUGUUGACAAGCUUGAGUGGUAAGCAGGCGGAGCUUGAUUUGGGUAGUCGUACAAGUGUCAAGAAGAUAAAUACCUAUUUAACGCUACCCAUAAGAGAGUGGACGAGGGGGAACGAAUGGGCAUUCAAGUCAACCUGCCUGGUUAACUAGCUAUCUGUACUUGUUUCCAGUUAGCUGUAUUUUAUCAGCUGGCUUGUUAAGACGUUAACUACAAUCCGUGACGUUACCAAUAACCAGCAGGGUUUGAGGAUGAACCACUUGUCCCUGAGUGAGCUGUGCUGCCUAUUCUGCUGCCCUCCAUGCCCCAGCAAGAUCACCUCCAAGCUGGCCUUCCUGCCCCCGGAGCCCACCUACACCCUCUUGUGUGACGAGAGCGGCAGUCGAUGGACCCUGCACCUGUCUGAGCGAGCAGACUGGCAGUACUCGGCACGUGAGAAGGAUGCCAUCGAGUGCUUCAUGACACGCACUUCGCGUGGAAACCGCAUCGCCUGCAUGUUUGUGCGCUGCUCGCCCAGUGCCCGCUUCACGCUCCUCUUCUCGCACGGCAACGCCGUGGACCUGGGCCAGAUGAGCAGCUUCUACAUCGGCCUGGGCUCACGCAUCAACUGCAACGUCUUCUCCUACGACUACUCUGGCUACGGGGCCAGCUCGGGGAAACCCUCGGAGAAGAACCUGUACGCCGACGUGGACGCCGCCUGGCACUCCCUCAGGACACGGUACGGAAUUAGGCCAGAGAACGUGAUCGUGUAUGGUCAGAGUAUCGGUACGGUCCCGUCCGUGGACCUGGCGGCACGCUACGAGAGCGCCGCGGUCGUACUGCAUUCCCCCCUCACCUCUGGCAUGAGAGUGGCCUUCCCAGACACCAAGAAAACCUACUGCUUUGAUGCCUUUCCCAAUAUUGACAAGAUCUCCAAGGUGACGUCUCCGGUGCUGGUUAUCCACGGGACGGAAGACGAGGUGAUCGACUUCUCCCACGGCCUGGCGCUGUACGAGCGCUGCCAGAGGCCCGUGGAGCCCCUGUGGGUGGAAGGUGCCGGCCACAAUGACGUCGAGCUCUACGGACAGUACCUGGAGCGCUUGAAACAGUUUGUGGCCCACGAGCUCGUCAACUUGUCAACUUGACUUCGACCCUUAGUCACCCACCUGCUGCAACUGUGAACAUUUUGAAAUGCCCAUGCUUUUAUUUUUUUUAUUUUAUUUUUUGUAUAUUUUAGUUCAUCAUUUGAAACCGCGUGGUGAUGAGAGACGGAGGGGAUGAUAGAAGGAUAUAAUAACAUGCCAUUUAGCAGAUGCUUUUAUCCAUAGCGACUUAGUCAUGGGUGCAUAUAUUUUACAUACGGGUGGUCCAGGAAUCCAACCCCACUAGCCUAGCUGGAAUGUGCCCUUUACCAACUGAGAUACAUUGGACACUUGAGUGUACUCAAGGGUUGUGUGUUUUGAGCACAGAAGAGCAGUUGGAUUCUGUGUGCUUGUCACAUUUUUUUGCUGCCUUUCAGGAUGCGGUUCUGGUCCAAUGUAUGGACAUCUGACACACACCUAUGAGCAUAUCUAAGAGGUUUCUGUGGAGCAGCUAUGAUGGAUGGAAGACUGGACCGCCACUCAACUAAGUCUGUAUUGACUAAGGAGCCAAAUCUACUACAAUGUGGUCAACAUGGAUGUUUUGUUUAUUUUUAUAUAUAUAUAUGUUUGCACCUAUCAUAUGUUACGUAGAACUGUACAAGAUAAAACUCUGACAUUUUAAAAUGGCAGUGCCAGUGUUGCCAACUGUUCAGCAUAUUGAAGAAAAAAGCAUGGGGUACGGCCAGCAUCCUUAGAAACCUCUCAAAUUGUAUAAGCUAUACAAAGCUUUUUGUUUCAUGUGUUCUUUCAGUAAAGCUGCUACGACUCAAUUUUAUAUAGUAAAACGAAUAAUAAAGCGCUAUCAUUUCAUAGGAAUAGCAUUUCUAGAUAUUGAUUUUGUAUAAACUGCCUGCACACCUGGGGUAGUUCUUGUUACAUAGUUUAAGACUCAUGUCACUGAUGCCAUAAAGCGUUGAAAAACAGUGAAAGUCAUUAAUGCGUGAUAGGAAAUUGCUUUGAAGACAGCUUGGUUUUAAGGAGGACACAACUGGACUCUUGCGCACUUUUUGUUUAACCCUUAUAUCUGACAGAAUACUUUUUUGGGGGGGGGGUUCUGAGAUACCCUAUUAAUGCCGAAUAAGGUAAAACGUUUACCAAUCACGUACUUUAUUGUAUUAGUAAGACACUAAGUGGAAGCAGAUUUUGUUAUCAAGUGCUACUGCAUGCCAUGAUAGGCUAGUGUUUUCUUAACCUUUUUAGCUGGCUAAAUUCUGGCUAGCUCAAGGCCAUGGAUGCUACCCAUAACCUCUAGUUUUGAUUGGUACUGUCUGAUGAACUGAAAUGUUUGGAUUGGUUGUUGAUAUUAGAGUAAUCAAGAAUGGUUAGGAUUGGUUGUUGCCGUUCGAUAAUGUGUCGUUGAACUCUACUGGGGACUUUUCUGUACUUAAAUGUAAUGCUUUCAUCUGUUUUCACUUUAUAAAUAGUUUGUACUUGGACAAGCCUCUAAAUUGUAGUUGUAAAUACUACUAACUUGAAUAUGAUCCGGCAUCCAUCUGUGGUGAGCAUUUCUAAAUUAUUCCUGAUGACCAUUGAAAAAUCUGGUCACCCAGACGAUGUGAUUUCUGUUUGUUUUUGUUUCCAAGACGCUGCAUUACUGAAGGAAAUUAUGUAACGUGAUCUUGAUUAGUGAUUAAUAAAAAUGGAUAUAAACUAAGUAUUUGAGGAAUGACAA